UCAACGCAAUUCAGAGAUGUGAAGCGAACAACCUAAAGCCAGGCAGACGACCACGUUGCUGUUUUAAUGGAAAUCGGAUUUUUUUUCCCAAAUUGAAACUCUUUCGGUCUUACUUUCCCACUGCACAAUUCCAUAGCCUACCUCUCCACACCUCUCUCUCCUUGCACCCUCACACCUUAUCAUUUUCCUUCCUUUUCUCGCUAUCCAAACAUACCCGAAUCUUCUGACACUCACAGGAGCUAACGACGCAUAGAGGAUCAGACCUCUUUGGUCCCUAACCAGGUCAUGGCUUGGAGGCACCUAAUCACGCAGGUUUCAAGGCAUCAAUCAGAAUCAGGACUGUACAAAAAUUUGUUUGUCAGGUCCUACUUUCCUGUUAUCAAGCGUGGAGGUGAUGCAGUGAAUGGACUUUUAAAUGCUGAAAGGAGAUUUAAGUCGAGCUAUGCCGGUAAUUUAGCUCGCAGAGUGCGUGAUACAGAUGAAGCUAGUGAAGUUGCACAUCUUAAAGAACUGUACCACCGAAAUGAUCCCGAAGCGGUAAUAAGACUAUUUGAAAGUCAGCCAUCAUUACAUAGUAACACUUCAGCGCUUUCUGAAUAUAUCAAGGCAUUAGUCAGAGUUGAUAGGCUGGAUGAAAGUGAGUUGCUCAAGACAUUGCAGAGAGGCAUUGCUAAUUCCAUGAGGGAGGAAGAAAGUAUAGGGGGUCUUUCUGCUUUCAAGAACGUGGGAAAACCGACGAAAGAUUUUGUUCUUGGAACUGCUAAUGCACCCAUUCAUAUGGUGGCCACAGAAGGAGGGCAUUUUAAAGAGCAGCUCUGGCGUACUAUUCGUACCAUUGCCCUGGCCUUUCUGUUGAUUUCUGGUGUAGGGGCACUUAUUGAGGACAGAGGAAUCAGUAAAGGACUUGGCCUACAUGAAGAGGUGCAACCUAGCAUGGAAUCUAACACCAAAUUUAGUGAUGUAAAGGGUGUUGAUGAGGCAAAGGCGGAGCUAGAGGAAAUUGUCCAUUAUCUUCGAGAUCCAAAGCGCUUCACUCGUCUAGGUGGUAAGCUUCCAAAAGGUGUUCUACUUGUUGGCCCUCCUGGCACUGGUAAGACUAUGUUAGCUAGAGCUAUUGCUGGAGAAGCUGGGGUUCCUUUCUUCUCAUGCAGUGGGAGUGAGUUUGAGGAGAUGUUUGUUGGAGUUGGAGCCCGGAGAGUGAGGGAUCUUUUUUCUGCUGCUAAGAAACGUUCUCCUUGUAUAAUAUUUAUCGAUGAGAUAGAUGCUAUAGGGGGAAGCCGUAACCCUAAGGAUCAGCAAUACAUGAAGAUGACUUUGAAUCAAUUACUUGUUGAAUUGGAUGGCUUUAAGCAAAAUGAAGGGAUUAUUGUAAUUGCAGCAACAAAUUUUCCAGAAUCACUAGACAAGGCCCUGGUGAGACCUGGACGGUUUGAUCGCCACAUUGUUGUCCCUAAUCCAGAUGUUGAAGGAAGGCGUCAGAUUUUGGAGUCCCACAUGUCAAAGGUGUUGAAGGCAGAUGAUGUUGAUUUGAUGAUCAUUGCUAGAGGGACUCCUGGGUUCUCAGGUGCUGAUCUUGCAAACUUGGUCAAUAUUGCUGCUCUCAAAGCUGCAAUGGAUGGUGCUAAAGCAGUGACGAUGGCUGAUCUAGAAUAUGCAAAGGAUAAGAUCAUGAUGGGAAGUGAACGCAAGUCGGCUGUAAUUUCUGAUGAGUCGCGAAGGCUAACUGCUUUUCAUGAGGGUGGGCAUGCCCUUGUGGCCAUUCAUACUGAUGGAGCUCUGCCAGUUCACAAGGCAACAAUAGUUCCCAGAGGUAUGUCUCUUGGCAUGGUUGCCCAAUUGCCUGACAAGGACGAGACAAGUAUCUCCCGCAAGCAGAUGCUUGCUCGGCUUGAUAUUUGCAUGGGAGGGCGAGUUGCAGAGGAGCUCAUCUUUGGAGAAAAUGAAGUUACCUCAGGGGCAUCUUCUGAUCUCCAACAGGCAACUAAUCUUGCAAGAGCCAUGGUUACCAAGUAUGGCAUGAGCAGAGAAGUUGGGGUUGUCACGCACAAUUAUGAUGACAAUGGGAAGAGCAUGAGUACUGAGACUAGACUUCUCAUUGAGAAAGAAGUGAAGAAUUUCCUGGAAAGGGCUUACAACAAUGCAAAGACCAUCCUUACCACCCAUAACAAGGAGCUUCAUGCACUUGCUAAUGCUUUGAUUGAGCAUGAAACACUCACAGGAAGUCAAAUCAAGGCUCUGCUUGCCCAAGUAAACUCACAGCAACAACAUCAGCAACAACAGCAGCAGAUGGUUGCACAACAGGGCAGUUCACAGUCCAACCCAGUGCCUCCGUCAACGCCUAAUCCAGCAGCAUCUGCAGCUGCAGCAGCAGCAGCUGCCGCUGCUGCCGCAACUGCAGCAGCCAAAGCUAAAGGCAUUGCUCCUGUUGGAUCUUAGCAGAAAGAGGAUUGCAAGGCCGCUUGCCAAUUGGCCAUUUAUUGAAUUCAAUAUGCAUAUAGUGAUUUGACUUACAAGGAGUUACGUGCUCAAGGCAUUGAAUUUUAUUUUGUAUUUCUGCGAGUCUUGAGUUGAUCACAGGCUGUAAGAAUUAGUGACAGUAACGUGACUAUGCCUAAUUAGAAGUGCAUUGGUAUCCAUUCAAUGCUUUUUUUUUUUUU